UGACGUAUGUGUACCAGGUGACGUCGUACUCAUGGUUACUUGUGUGUAUGUCAAUAAAGUUCCGUCUUGAAUCCAGCCAAGAUGGCGGAGUCCAACCUGAUCAGCAGGACAGCUCACUUCCUGGACCGGCAGCUGGUUUCUCCUCUUCUGGAGCUCCUCUCAGUGAAGGAGAUCUACAAUGAGAAGGAAUUCCUUCAGGGAAAGCUGGACCUCCUCAGUGAGACUAACAUGGUGGACUUCACCAUGGAUAUCCAAAACCUGAACCCGGAGAAGGAAACCCCCCCCCCCCUAGUGCUGCCAGACGAGCUCCACAUGACGCCCGAGGAGGCGGAGCGGUGGAUCCUCAAACUCAUCCCAAACGCCAGGCUCGAUGCCGAGAUGGACUCCAAGCUGGUGAGGGGUCACGUGGCGAUGGGCAACAAGGCAGUGCCGCUGUACCAGCAGGUGAUCGAGAAGACAAAGAGUCUGUCGUUCCUGAGCCAGAUGUUGGCAAAGAACAUCGAGGAGAAGGUGGCUCACACCAACAGGAACGAGACUCCGAACUGGGAAGCUCAGGACUCCGGCUUCUACUGAACUGGAAAUCGGCGACAGGAGGAUGCAGAUGCUUUUAGUACGUUAUCAAGGCUUUUUAUUCUAUUGAAGAGUUUAAUAGAUUAUUUAUUAUAGUUUAUUAUUAAUUAUCAACUUAUUAUUAUUAUUAUUAUUAUUUUACGUAUGCAUUUCAAGCACUGGAGACAAAAGGCAGCUAGGCUUCAUUAUUAACUCAUCAUUGAUGCUUCAUUCACAUUUGGAGAUGUUUACAUUA